AUGCUCCUUCUAGCUCUAGGUGACGCACAUAUUCCAGAUCGCGCAAUCGUUAUAUUACUAGGAAACUGUACGAGAUCUUUAGAAUUUCUAGAAUUUGUUCAACAAAUAUCAUCAAAUAUUACAGUUGUUCGAGGAGAAUUUGAUAGCAGCCAUUUCCCUACACUCCCCUCAAAUCAUGAAAAGAAAUCAAUCAGGGAAGAAAUUCCUAUGAAUACAAUUAUUAGGCAAGGUGACUUUAAGAUAGGUUGCUGCAGUGGGUAUGCGGUGGUUCCUAAGAACGAUCCUUUAUCUCUAUUGGCUUUAGCAAGGCAAUUAGAUGUAGAUAUAUUACUAUGGAGCGGAACCCACAAUGUCGAAGCUUAUACGCUAGAAGGAAAGUUCUUUGUAAAUCCUGGUAGCUGUACUGGGGCUUUUAAUGUAGAUUGGCCAAUUGAAAAGGAUCUAGUGAGUGUUGCUAAUGAUCAAGAAGUUGAACCGAACAAUAAGCAAUCAAUUAAUGACGAAACUGCUGAUGUUGAAGAAAAUAAUAACGAACAAACUGAGAUGAAACAAGAUACAUCUGCCUCAAAUGAGGAGAAGAACUCAACUUCCGAUAAUGAUUCCGUUAAGGAUGAAAGCAAAGAAAAGUCAAACGAGGAGAGUCCGAAAGAGGAAGAUGUCAAUACAGAACCAGCAACCGCCAAAAAAGAAGUGGCUGAAUUAAAAGAGGAAGAUAUAGAUAUAUCAGAUGCCGAACUGAAUGGAUCAAAUGUUCCUAGUUUUUGCCUUCUCGAUGUGCAGGGUCCUACUUGUACCCUCUAUAUCUACAUAUACGUAGAUGGCGAAGUGAAAGUAGAUAAAGUCGUAUUUGAGAAAAAUUAG